UGUAGCAGCAGUUGUCAUAUGAAAACGGAUUGUUAAACACCCCCGCGUUCAGUUUUUAAUCUACUUCCGGAACACCUGUAUAAUAUGUUUUGUUAUAACCAUACGUGAAUACAUCCCACAACAGGGGGCGCGUGAUUUUUUAAUAAUUUAAGCUCAAAAUGGCGUGUGUGUUGUGAAGUUGACUAAAGAGCAGGCCCAGAGUGUCCUGCCGACACAGAAAGAUGCUUCGUGGAUGAUAGAAGAAGUGAGCAAAAUCGCCUUAAAACUCCCUGAGCAGCAAAACAAUGUACAAUGAGCUACAGCGGGAACCUGCCAGAUUGGCAUCAGUUUAACUCACCGCAACAUGGACGUACUGGAACGUCUAGUGUACAAAAUGUUAACUCCAGUCAUCUUUUUCUCCCAAGUAUAAAUCCAUCAGCAUUGGACACUAUUAACUUGACUACAAAUGAUCGUCAGAGCAAGCAUCAGCGUAACGAUGUCAGUUACGGGACACGAAAUUAUCAAGCAUCCUCUAUGUCAGGAUCUACAUGUGGCACUAAUUCAACAUCUAGUGUCCACAUGGCCUCGCUUUCGAGCUGCGUAGGUCACUAUGGAUCAUCGCCAACUAGAAAUCCGAUGAUGGAAAGUCUUUCAGCAUCAAUUGAUCCACGAAUUCCGCCCGUAGGUUCAUUGAAUGAGACUGAACUGCCUCAUAGGACCAAUCAACUCCCAUUUAAUGCUUCAAACAAUCAUACAGGUGCUCCAAGCAUUCAUGGUGGCAUGGGUUCCCAAACAUCUCCUGUUGGACCUAUGUCACCAGGGAGACAAAUACCACCUUAUGGAGCAUGCAAAGGUCCAUGUUGUAAUCCUGACACAAAUAUUCCUUUUCAUCAUUGGGAUAAAUAUAGUAAUUAUCCUCCAAACCCGCCGUACAGAGAUAGCAUGCGUUCAGCUAGUUAUCAUGGAGAAAAUCGUCGAUUUAUGCCAGAAAUGAAUCUCAGAAAGGAUUGUAUUGAGAACAAAGAACUUGUUAGUCAUGGUUUUGGUGUAGAAAAUCGUAGAAGUUAUUCAGAUUAUAAAUAUCGAAAGGACUUACCAAGAAAUUAUCCAGCUGCUUCUGGACUCCUUCAAAAUUAUCCAAUACAAAACUAUAAUUUUCCAUCUGAUUACCAAAAGUGUCCUUAUUCUGUCAAAGAAUAUCUUAGACGAAGUGGACCCAGUGGUGGGGCAUUAAUUAAUCAUCAAAACACAGGAAUUGUUAAAUAUCCAGAUCAUCAGAAUGUUAAUAUUCAACAAAAGUACAACAAUAAACAAAUAUCUUAUCAAAAUGGCGCUCUGCCUACUGGAAUGUCUAGUUCUGGAAAUGGAAACUUACCAUCGCCACUUCAAAAUUCAUAUUUUAAUCCUCAACUACCUCGAGAUAUUCCACGAGAUUUUCCGCGAGAAUAUCAAGAAACUAAUGCUGUCGGAAAUCGGUUACCAACCUCACCAUCGGCUGUAAUGCAUGGACCUUAUCAGAAGUAUCAUGUGUAUCAACAAAAAAUAGCUAUGCAACGAUUUUCAUUGGAAAAUCAUCUGAGGGCUAUGUCAAGAGUACCAAGCUACCAAUCACAUCCAAAGUAUCAAGAAUAUUUGAUGAGAUAUCGAGAACUUGUAAGGUUGCAGCAAAAUGUCGACUAUCAAGGUAUGCUUCAAGAAGCACCAAAAAUUCCAAGUCCUUCUAAUACAUCAAUACCACCAAUAAAUUUACAAUUCGAUCAAAAUGGAGUUUUAAUUAAUUCUAGUUACAAUCCCAAUCAUUUCCAUGGUAUGCUCAAUCCUAUAAAUUCACUAGGAAACACUGAAAAUAUUGAAAAUGCCGAUGCAAAUCGGUUGAACGUUAAUAGAUCAUUAGAAUCACAAAAUCAAUCACUAAAUCUCUCAAGAGAUAAUGAAAAUAUUAAUCAUGUCAACGAAAAGCACCCAGAAAAUUAUUUAAUGCAAAAAAAUGAUGGAUCUGACUUUGACAACUUAAUUGUUAAUGUUGAUGAUAUUGAUAUGUCUCCAGUGACAGCGAUAUCAGCAGAUGUGAUAGCAAAAGCAAGAACACCGGGAGAGAAACCAAAUCCUAAAGAAUUUGCUAAUAAACCUGAUUUGGACGUCAGACAAUUUUUAGCUAAUUGGGAUGAGACUGAGGAUGAAGAAGGACUUGCAACAACAUAUUCAGAAGAAGUCAUAAAUAAUACCAAUACCAACAACAGUAGUACUAAUAUUAAUAGUAAUGUUAAAAAUAGUGAUAUGAAUAAUAGUGAUAAUAAUACUAAUAAUAACCGCAAUGAAAGUAACAGUUGUAGUAAUAAUAACAAUGAUAAUAAUAACAUUAAUGAAAAUGUUAAUUCAGCAGUUACCACAAAUGUCGCAUCACUGACAAAAGUAAACCUCAAAGAAGUGAAUCAACAAAAAGUAGAAAAGUCAAGAGAGCCAGAAAAUAAUUCUGAACAAGCCACAAUUGUUAAUGAGAAUUUAAUUGUACAAAGUAAUGUUGAUAACAUAGAUGUAGAAGGAUUAAAAACAAUUGAAGAACUUGCAAAUUCUGGUGCUAUUGUUCAGUGUAUUCAAACUGAUACCGAUAAUAUUCCUACAAUUCAUAUAGUUGAUCACUUAUCUGGUGAAUCAGAAUUAUCAACAAUUCAAACAGUUUAUGGGGACGUAACAUCAUUGACGAUUGAACAAAUUUCCAAAGCACCAAUUGAAAUAAUUAAUGAAACGUCUCAAGGACAAGAAACUAUCACACUUUUUGAGUCUGAUACUGGAGUUUGUAUAAAACUUCCAGAAUGUGAUGUGGAAUCAAUAAAUGCUGGAGUAGAAGGAAGAGUAGUUGUUGAGGAGGUUGUAGCAUCAAUUAUUGAUGCAUCUGUGGAGAUAACUGAGUCUUUACAACCAGCGAAACAAGUUUCAGAAAGUAAUAAUGAGUCAAGGCCAAAAGAUGUUGCUUAUGAAAAAUCUUUGAUGAUUCCUCAAGAAAAUCAAGCACAAGAAUGCAGUUUAUCCAUUAAAGAUCAUCAGAAUUCAGAAAAUUCGAAUUUAAAGAAACAGUCUAGCUUUGCUAGUGAAGAAUCUCAUAAUCCUGAUGACAUCAGUUUACCAGAUUUACCAAUGUCAGAAUGUACUCCAGUUUCGACUACGUUAAACACACCAAUCCAUUCAGAUAGUGAAGAAUCUUCCGGUCACAUAACAGAACUUUCAAUUUCUACUAAUCCUAUUGAAAUUAUUCCCAACAGUCCGAUAAUUAGUUUCACGCAUUCUCCAAUUAAAAUAAAUCCAUAUGAAAAUUUGGAGAAUGGUAGAUUAAAUGAUAAAAGAUCAGAAGAUCCAUUAGAUUUUGAUAUUCAUCGAAAUUCUAAUUCAAAAAACAAAUUUGAUAAUAAUGAAAAUAAUAAAACAGUAAUUGAAGAUUUUGAAAUUGCGCGAAGAUCAAAAAAUAAUAAUUCUACUACUGAUGUUGAAUCUGAAGAACAACAUAACAAUAAAGUGCCUUUAAUAAACUCUAAUACUGUAGAGAAAGAUAAUAAAACCGAUCAAAAAGAUGAAGAAUUUUAUCCAUCAUCAGACCCUCUUGUUGGAAUGAACCAAGAGUCAAACACGGUUUUUAAACGCAAUUCAGAUAAUUCUUCAGGUAUUGUUGAUAUUUCUAAUGAUAUGAUACCCAGUGGAGAUUGUUCUGGAACACCGGUGAGUAAAAUUCUAUCAUCUGAUGAGAUUGACACUGGUAAAUGUCCAUCAAUUAUUAAUACAGAAGAUUUUCAACAUUCCGAUGAACUUGACAAGUUGUGUAAUAUUUCUUUAGACGAUGCUUGUAUAAUGCCUUUAAUCACGGACGAGGGUCAACGAAACGCAAAACUUUCAACAUCUAUAGAAGAUCAAUCUUUUAGCAAAGUCAUAAAUAAUAUUCUGCCAAUUAGCGACAUGAACGUGCUGCAGUCUUCGGAUGAAGAACCGUUAGAUAAAGACGACGAUGAUUGGAUAGAAGUUAAAUCAUUACCAGAGAGUCCUGUAAAUUUAAGCUCUAAUGAAAUGCUAAGUAGAAGUACAAACUGCUCUGUAAAAUUGGUAAACCAAUCGAAACAUUCCAAUGAACAUGAGAAACCCGACAGUUCUAGGGAUAGCAUAAGAAAUAAAAAAAAUUAUGCCACCAACUCAUAUUCACCGGAGUCUUCAAAAUCAGAAUAUAACUCAAAAAGUGGUAAUUGUUUAUUUGAAAUAAACGAAGAAAAUAAACGAGAUUCGAGAAAAAAUUACGUUCCAUCAAUUUUUGAUAUUUCUGGUGAGUCACAAAGUACAGAUUUUGAUAAAUUUGAAAGAAAAAAGCAAGAAGAAUCUGAACAAGAUAAAUCUAAGUCUUCUAAAGACUCUAAAAAUGACCAGUCUAGAGAAAAAUUAUGUAGAAAUGAAGAAGAUAUUUUUAAUUUAAAUUUUAAAGAAAAUUCCAAAAAUUAUAAUUCAAUAAAAUGUAAAUCAGAAUCAUGGAGUAAAAGUUAUACAAAAAAAAUCACUGAAAGUUUACAAAAUUUACAAAAUGAAAAAUCUUUUGAAAGUAUUUCUGAUGCUUUAAAAGCUCUAGACAAUUAUGAAAUGUGUACUGUAACAAAAAGUUUUUGUCGAGCUAAUAAAGAUACAGAUGUACAGAUUCAAGUAGCGAAUAUCAAUGUAAAAGAAAAGAAUGACAAUGAUGCUGAUGAAGACGUUGAUGCAAUUGAAAUAAAAAUAAAUGUAUCACGAAGUGAAAGAAGCCAUGGAAGUAAACAAUUGCGAGAUAAAUUGACUGAAGAAGUAUCAGAAGUAAUUAGAAAACAUUCCUUUUUUCCAUUAGAUUCUACACUGACUACACCUCGUAAAAUAUUUAACCAACGUCGAACGUCACUGCCUGAUGAAUUAGACACCAAGAAACCUAAGAAAUUGAAUAGAGAAAAAAAGAGACGUAACAGUGGAGGUCAUAGUUUUAAAACAUCUCGCAGAAAAUCAACAGAAGAACGAUUUGUGGAUGAUAAUAGAAAAAAUCGAUACUUUGAUAUACUUAGUACACUUUCUGAAUCAACUAUAAAUGAAUCAAUUGUUGAAAAAGAUGAUUCUAGUUCAACAAAUAUCAAUAAAUCUUCUCAUCUUUAUCCAAAUGAUUUGGAAAAAUUACAAGAAAAUGUAUCAACAAAGAUUUUUAAUGAUUACACAAACACAACGAAUAUUGAUAAUAUUGUGGACUCUAAGAAAAAAAAGAAUGACUUGACAAUAAAAACAUCUCUAGAAAUAAUAUCAAAAAGUGAAAAUGAAGUUAAACUUAAUUGUAAAGAAGAUUUUAUAAGAAGAGAAUCUUUAGAAGAAAUAAAAAAUGAAAAUACCUUUGAAGUAAAUAAUAAAAAAAAAGACUCGGAACGUAGCGUAUCAGAAGAAGAAAAGGAAAAGAAAAAUGACUUUAAACAUAAAAUACAAAAUUUAAAAUCCAUUCCAUUAGAAAUAAUGGAAAAUAAAAAUAGUUUACAGUUUUGUAGCAAGAAAAAGGAGCCAAAACGAAGAAUCUCUAUGGAAAGUAUGGAAGAGAAUAAGAGAGUAGAGUUGAAGAACAAAAAGAAAGAUUACAAACGAAGAAAGUCAACAGGUUGUACAGAAAAUGAAAAUACAUUAGAUUUUUAUCAUGAGAAGAAAGAAAGAAAAUUAAUUAAAAGACUAUCAAUGGAAAAUACAGAGGGUUUUGCAGAAGAAUUUAAUGACAUUAAUGAAAAUACAAUGAAGACGAUAUCAGCAGACGAUGAAUUAGAUGAUCAAUUAAAAAAUAAUAAAAAGGAUUCAUUGAAGAAGCUAUGUGCUCAAUUCUCAAAAGAUGAGAGUACUUUAGAAUCUCACACUAGGAACAAAAGUUUACCUAGGGUAUUGUCUACAGAAAAAUCAAAAUCAUCAAAUAACAUUAUUAAUGUAGAAAAUUUUGAAAAUAUUAUGUCUAAAUCAUCAUGUGAUAUGAAUUUGGGACCAUCAGACGCAAGUUUAAUUGAUAAUAUUUGGAACAAAUCAAAUUUUUUAAUAGAAAAUACAUCAAGUUUUGAUUUUGACAGUUUUGAUUUAGGUCCAAGUGACAAUAGUUUCAUGAAUCUUACCAGUAGAGAUGAUGAAGAUGGAAUUUCAUCAAGAAUGGAUGAAGGUGUGCGUAAUAGAAGAUUGGAAGAUAGUGAAAGGUAUCGAAAUCCAUAUUCAAAUGUUCAGCCAAUGGAUUUAGAUUCAUCAGAAAUAAAUCUCAAUUCUGUUCCUGUUUAUAAAACUCAAGAUGGUAAAAUAACGUAUAGUUUAAAUCCUAAAUAUACUUAUCGAAAGUUAAUUCAAGAAGCAAAACGUAAAGAUCACUCAAUGUUACUAAACUCCAUUUAUUCUAAGCUAUUAAAAACUUAUUAUGAAAGAAAAUCAUAUAGAAGAAGGCUAGAAUCUUCUGAGAACAAUGAAUGGGAAGAUUACAGCCCUAAAAAAAUCAAACAACCGUCCUAUAAUCAUGAUGAUAAUGAUGAUCAAUGGGAAGAUGAAGAUUGGCGAAAGCAAGUAGAUACAUUGGAAAGUAAAUUUAAAAGUAGAUGGAGAACUAAGCUUCUUGAGUAUGAAGAGUUGACAGACAAUCAAAGCGUGAUUUAUUCUGAUACUUCUGCUCCACCCAACUACUCUCCGGCUGAAUCUUUGUUUCAAUACCAACAUCGAAAAUAUUCACAAAUGAUGUCGUUCAAUAAAAAAACUGAGAAUUAUCGUAUAGACAGUCCAGUUGAUUAUUUUGUUAGACGACAAAGUGAUGCUUUUUCAGAAUGGGAUCGUGCAAUAAAUAAUAUAGCAAGUAGUCCAUUAAUUAGUCACCAUUAUGAAGAAUUUGAAAAUAAAAUAGAUAACUCAAGAAAUCUUGAAUCAAGAUUAUUUAAUUCAAAUGACUCAAAGUCAUUCACGAAGAAUCUAGAGUCAAUUGAACAAAAAAAAGUCGAAAUGAAAGUUCCAGCAUUCAUUCCUGAAUCACAAUCUGAAAAUAAAAUUAAUGAAGAGCAUUUAAAUAUUUUAAAUGAUGAAAUGCAGAACAGUAAUGUUAAGUCAAAUAUCCUUGAGUCCAUAGAUCCUGGUUUGACUGAUGAAGAUUCAAAAGACGUCUCGAAUAUUGCUCCAAGUAUGACUCCAUCUAAUGCUAAACCAACAGUUAACAUUGAUGUUGAACAGGAUUCUCAAGCAAUGCUCACUGAUAGUGGAGUAGAAUCAUCAACUACUUAUGUUGAAGGCCGUAAAAGUUCGAGAAAACUAAAUAAAGAAUACAAAUGGAAAAAAGCUAAUCCAAAACUCGUUGAAGAAACUAUUAUUCCUAUUAAAAAACUGAAUGAUGAAGAUUUUUUAAAUUUAAAAACUAAUGAAAAGUUGGUGGAAAAAAAUGAUUUUCAAGAGAAGCAUCAAGAAAAUUGUAUUGGAAUAGACAAGGCUGUUGAGGAGAUUUUUAAAAAAGAAGAAAAUAAAAAUCUCACUGAGCUUAAAGAUGAAAAAAUACUGAAACUAUCGGAAGAAAAAAUAAAACCUACAAUUAUAUCAGAUAUAAAGUUGAGUGAAUUUUCAUUUAAAAAUAUUGUUAAAGACUUUGAUAGUAGUGUUUUAAAAGGUUUAGAUUUAGCAUUUCCUCUUUCACAGAAUUCAAAAGCAGUACAGGUUCAGAUCAAUAGAGAACCUGUUGAGAAUGAAUUUAAAACUCAUAAUGAAAUGAAUAAAAUUAAAAUUAAGGAGAAUAAUCAACAUUUCAUGUCAUUUCUUGGGAUUAAAAAAUCAAUUGAGGGACCAAUCCGACGUGUGUCGAGUGAUGAAAUGGAAGAAAGAAAGAAUGCCAAAAGAAAAAAUUUAUUUUUUAAAGAUAUUAGCAAUUUCAUUGAUACAGGAACAUCUUUAUCGACAGCAUUGAAUGGUGAUAAUUUAGUGCUAGAUAAAAAUAUGGAUGUUGAACUCAAUGAAGAACUGAUAAUGGUUAAGAAUAAAAUUAAUGAUUUAAAUGAGUGGAGCAAAUCUAAAGGUAAUAUAGAUAAUAAAGUAGAAGACUCAGUAAUCGAUUCACAAAGUGAUUAUCAUAUAUUUGAGAAACCAGAAGUUCCACCACUUCGAUUUGAAACUUUUAACAGCGUGACUCACAAAUCAAAUGAAACUGAAAGUAAUGGAGUCUCUGUAGAAUCAGGAACAUCUCAAUAUAUUGAUACACUGAGUUCAACUCAAUUUGGAAGUGAAUGUGCUGAAUCUAAAUCAGAUGAAACUAGUAAUAUUGGGAUCAAUUUUUUAUCAACUUCCAGCCAAGAAGCUAUCGAUGCUACUGAUUUAAAACAAGUACGACAACAUCAAGUAUUAUGUCCAAUCGAUGAUCAAACCAAGACUAACGAGAAUGCAUCUGAAACUAUCAAUAAUCAACUACAAAAUAAAAAUGAAAAACCAAAGAGAGAAGAUAAGAUUUUUAAUUUUUCUGGAAGAAUUUCUAGUGAAAGUGAAGAUAAUUCUAAUGCUUUAGAUGGAUCACCAAUCAAUGCAAUACACAUGGAAAAUGAAAAAAAUAAAAUUGAGAAUAAAGAAACGGAUAAAUUGUUGACAUUUUCUGGCAGAAUUCGAAAUGCAGAAAAAAUAUUUGAUGCUCAAGAAUCUUUAAUUCGUAAUCUAGAAAAGGAUGAGGAAAAAAUUCUAAGCUUUUCCGGACGUAUUCCAAGUCCUCCUAAAGCAGAGUCAAAAUUGAAUAUUGUAAGUGAGAAUAAAUAUAAUAAAAAUUUAACUUUUUCGGGUAAAAUAAAUAAGGAAGAAUGUGGAUCUGUUUACAAAUCAUCAAUAUCUGAUAGAAUUCCUAAAUUUAUUAUUAAAAAGACUGACUAUUCAUCAAUAUCAUCAUCAAUUUCUCAGGUACUGCCGUCUGAUAUAUCUCAAAAGAGCACUGAAACCAAAGCUUCUUCAAGUCACAAGAUUCCUAUUCAUCCUAAAAUACCAAAGAUGAUUAUAAGAAAUGUUAAAUCUUGGCCUGAAACUCCAACAGUUGAAGAAAAUGCUGUUGAAUUAUCUUUUCCAAAGACUCAUGAAAAUGAGGAUAAAGUUUUUGAAGUAAAAAUUAAAUUAGAUGAUAAGAAACAACAUGAAUCUCGUAAGGAUUCCAUUAAAAAGUCAAUUGGUGUGAUUGAAUGUAAGGUUCCAAAAAUGAAAAUUAAACUUGAAGAUCAUCAACCAAAAAUGAUCUUUGAGAAUGCAAGCAUGGAAUUAUAUAGUAAUGAUUCUGAAUCUUCGAAAAAUGUACCAAAGCUUAAAAUACGCAAAAUAAAAAGGUCAAGGUCACGAGAGGAGAAAUCAUUAAUUAAAACUAGUGUUAAAAACUCAGAAGAAGAGAAGCCAGACCGGCAAAAUAAAAAUAAAUCAACAGUAAUAACUAAAUCGCCUGAGCUGAAACACACAAGUAAAGAUUUUGAUUCAGCGAAACAAGAAAAAAUCCCGAAAUUAAAAAUUAAAAAACCAGAUCCUAAAAAACUGUUGUGGUCUCAAUCAGAUUCACUGCACAAAAAACGAUCAAAAACUCCAGAUAAUUUUUCUAAAAAUUCGAAAAAAUCAUCAAGUAAACACAGAAAUGGAGAUAGCGGGAAAAGUAAAGAAAGAUCACCUUCUGUAGACAAAGAAAGUAACACCAACUCUCACCAGAGUACCUCUGAGAAAGUUCCGAAAGUGAUUAUUAAACGCACUUCAUCCAGUGCUGAGUUCAAGUGCGAAUUGAGUAAAGAUGGAGGAGAUGCUAUUAAACGAGAUUCAAAGUGGCAACCAGAGGUUAAAUUAGAGCGAUUUAAAGUGUUGGAUUCAAUAGCAAAAGAAUCUGGCCAGAAGAAAUUCCCUCAAAGAAUGUUGGAGAUAAUUUCUAAACAAACUGAGGUAAUCAGAACAUCUAAAUGUUCCAAAAGAAGUCAAUCAACUCGAACAUCGUCUGAUCCGGAUGAAAAAGUUAGGAAUAAAGAUGAUAAAACUUUUAGUAGACAUAAAAGAAGACAUUCAGAUGGUGAAAAACCAUUAUAUCAAAUGAAAGAGAGCACACUAAAAAUUUUAGAUGAUGAUUCAGAAAGUGAAGAUUUUCCAAGAGCUAAAAAAAGAGAAAUUUCAAAACAGUUAAAAGAUGAUUCAACCUUAGAUGGAUAUUCAGAUUCUAAAUCAAUCGAAUUAGAUUCUAGAAAAGCUUUUGAAAAAACAGCUUCAGAUACAAGACAAAUGAAAUCAUGUUUAAUUCAGAUUCCACUGGAAGAAGUAGCAACAAGUGGGUUUGGAUUUUCUACAAUCAGUUCUUGUCAUAAAAGUAAUGAAUAUGAAGCGGAAUCAAUCAAUGAUGUCACUGGAAAUGAAACUGAUGCUGUGAUGAAUAUUGCUGAUAUUAAAAACUCAGAAGUUAAUCAUUUUGAAGAACCGGAGUCAGUAAUAAAACUCGAAUCUUCAGAUGAGAGUCAAACAACUAUUGAAAUUCUUCCAGCAUCUCCGGAAACAUUUCGAUUGGAAUCUGAAGCUCCAACUCCUCUUGAAGGUAAACGAAGAAUUGCUAAUGGUGAUCUAGCACAAUUAUAUUCUGAAGAUGCAAUACCAACACAAUUUGAACUUGAAUUGGAAAUUGUCGAUAAUAGUUCAGAUUCUUUAGACGUUCCUGUACCCGAUGUUAUACAAUCUGUUAAUGAAACUAAUUGCUCAACAAAUUGCAUUGAAUCAAUAGUAUUUGAAGAAGAUAAAAGUCCUUGGACAUAUCAAAAUGAAAAUGGUCCAGAUCAUUUUAAUAAAUCUUUAUCUUUGACAACUGCAUCAAAUUUGCCACAAAAACAUGAAUUAUCUGAUCCAACUUUCAGUAGUUCUGAUUUACUAGUAAAAGAAGUUUUAGCAGCAAAAGAAACUCUCAAAAGAUGUCUUGCAAAGAAUAAAAUUGAGUCUAGUAUCCCAAUCGGUUUUUCAAGGCCUAAGACUGCUGCUGAAAAAAAACAAGGAGCUGGCUUCAACUUGCCUACCACUUCAACCAAAAUUGACCUUAAGGAUCAUCGUAACGUCUUCCAAGAGAAUGAAUUAAUAUCUGGUGAAAGUUUCCGUAAAGAUUCAUCGAAAUCUCAACAUGAAAAGAAUGAUAGAAAACAUUCGAAAUUAGAUAGAAGUCAUAGUUCUAGUGAUAAACAAGACAAAAGAAAAAAUUUGUCGAGCUGUAGAAGACAUGAUGAGUCUAGUCUUGAUUCAAAUUCACAAAACAAUCUUUCCUUAAUCUGUCAUGAAUCUAUUAAAAGUUUAAAACGAUUAAGAGAGACAAAUGAAGCAAGUAAACACAAUAAUUCAAACUCAAAGAAGAUAAAAAGCUCAACAUCAUCGUCAUUACUAACAACAUCUUACGUGAAAAGUUUGAAAACUAAAGCUUUUUCUAGUAGGAAACAUGAAUUUGUUAGCAAAGCAAAGAAUCCCAAUCAUUCAUGUUCAUCACCUUCAGCAAAUAAUUAUAGUAAAACAAAUAGUUCUAAAAAUAUAAAAGUUUUGAAAGCUCAAGAAUCAAGCACUGGAUCUACAGAUUUUAUGCCAAAACCUGUAGCACUAAUGCCAAUUUUAGAACCUGAGAACCAAGCUAAUUUUGACGUUAAUGAAAGAGAUACUUCACGAUCGCCUCCAGUAAUUACAAAACAAGAUAGUCAGGAAUUAAGUUCAGAGAGUUUAAAAAAAAAUGAUAAUACAACUGAUCUAAAAAUUGAUCAGAUUAAUAAAGAAUCAGAAGCUAAAACUUUCACUGAUAUAGUUAUGCAAAUGGCGUACCAUGAGAAGGCAACUAUAAAACACAAACGUUAUUGUCCGUUGUGUGAAAGAUGGUUUCCAACAACAGAAAGACAUCGAAGACAUUUAGAUGGAUAUCAACAUCGACAUACAGAACUUACACAACGCAGGACCGUCCAUGCUCUAUUCAUGAUGUUUACUGGAAAGCCUUGUCCCCGAUUAUUGCCAGCUAGCAUUGUUCGAACUGAUUGUGUGCCUGGUGAACUAACUCCAUUACAAAUUGCUGUUCAGGAUGUGGCGAUAAGUUUAGAAAAAGCGGCAAAAGAUCAGAAAAAGACAAUUAAUGAAGAAAACAAAUAAUGUGAGUAAUAAGUGAUUAAAAGUGAUUACUAAUUAGUUUUAGAGCCAAAGACAUUAGUUAAAUGAAAAAGAAUCUAUUUGUAGAAAAAAAAAACUUUUUAAAUUAACUCAGUUCGUUAGGUGAAACAAUCAACUCUCGAAUCAUUCCAGUCAGUUGUACAAAACAAUAUUACGAUUAUUAUUGCUCGUAAUUGUUUUCGUUCUCAAAUGAAUUUUAUAAUGAAAUGAUCACACAUCAAAUGAAUUCUAUAUACAUAUUACUUUGACCAGUUAUAAUAAUAUUUAUAUUUAUUCUUGUGAUUUCUAAAUGGAUUCAUGCAUUUGCAUACACGAGGAGUAUGCACAGUUACACUAUUGAAAAUAUAUAAUAUAUUAAUAUAAUAUAUACAUAUAUAUAUAAAUAAAUUUUAACAAUGUUCACUUAGAAUAAAUUAAUUGAGAAUCGAGAGAGAAAGAGAAAAAUGAGUUUAGAUUAUUUUGCGAUUAUGCUUGGGAUAUCAGGAAAGUACUAUUUUAAUAUGCUUUUAGUGAUAUUUACUUUUUAAAAAUUUUUUUGCACAUAUUUUUUUAAAAGCACGAGUGCCUUACUAUGCAUAAAUUAAUUUUC